AUGUCUCUCCGUAUCGCUCCUCCAAGCGGUAACCGCACCUCCACAACCAACACCACCACCCGCCAGCAGACCUCACAAGCUGCUCAAUUGACAAAGGGCGCCCCUUCUGCCCCCGGUCUGCCCGACACGCUCCGCAACAAGCUCACUCUCCCCGCCACGGCCACCGCCUCGUCCACCAACCACCCAUCCUUAUCAGAGAUCCCGGCCUCCACACACCCCCUGGAAGCCCGGCUGCUAGCCUGGCGUGCCACCCAAGAGGCGAUGCACAUGGAGUCUCUGCGCCGAGUCUACGGCAUCGCCGAGCCUGUACGUCGUGGAAUGGAGCUGAAGAUUGUCCGAGACGGCACGUUCCGGCCUGCUGUCUUGGGAGGAAUGCGAGGCGGCAAUGUGCACGAGGAUAUUCUUACCAUUGGUGGAAGAGACACGGAAAUUGGCUGGGAGGAUGUGUUCCAUGGCGACGAGCUCCGCGAGCCGCCCUCGUUCCACGACGAGAUGGAGAAGAGGCUGAAGAUGGACUAUUAA